AUGGAUACUGAACUGACCAAACAAUGGAGCUCCGACUUGAAACCCCAACCUGGGUUAGGGAUCUUUGGACUUCUUAGGGAGUCAUUCAAAACCCUAAAAAGAAACAGGAAGCUGAUGCUUCCUCUUCUACUUCAUGUGUUUCUCUUUUUCUCACUCUUAGAGUUUGCUCAGAUUUACUUACUCGAGCCGGUGGGAAAAGAUUUAGCAUCACAACUGGCUGAACAUCCGAAACUGUUUGAGGAUUUUGGCAACAAUAUGCAUCGAACUGAUUAUCGCGGUGCACUCAACGAUAUCCGUGAGAUUCUGUUGGUGAAGCUCUUUAUCUUCAUCUUUUCUUCGAUAAUCUCUCUAGUUUUCUUUGUUGCCACGGUUUCUUCUUCGUAUGAAGCCUACACUGCAAAAGCCCAAGACUUAACAGAAAUGAUCAUGAAAAUAAAAAAAUCUUGGAAAAAACCAAUUGGCAUUAGUUUUUACAUGAUUUUAUUCACUAUGGGCUUUAUAUUUGGGUGUUUCUUUUAUAUUGGUAUGGUCUCUAUCUUGGCUGGUAAUUCAUGGGCAUCAUAUAUGUUCUACGGAGUUGUUUUCUUGUCGAUCGUUGUUUUAUGGAUUUACGGUAGCGCACUUUGGAUGAUGAGUCUUGUAGUUUCGGUUUUAGAAGACGCUGGCGGUCUUGACGCGAUUUUUAAAGCUAGAGAACUGAUGAAAGGUGAGAAUGUUAAAGCUUCACUGCUUAUGGUUCUUUAUGGUGUUGCUUCUAGUGUUGUUUAUUGGGUGACACAUGCCAUUAUAAGCCAGACUCCAGAAAAAUGGUCAGAAAUGGUGAUCUCAGUCGUUUUGACUACCGGGCUGAUAUGUGCCUUAAAACUCUUUAUGUUUGUGGUGUUUACAAUAUUCUACCAUGAGCAGAAAGAGGUUUGUGAUGAGAAAGCAGCUAAAAGCCUUUAUCUACCUAUUGCUGGUGAUGAAGUUUAG